UGGCUACAACUCCAGGUGUCAUGCUCCACUUUCUGUCUCGCCUGGGCCUAUGGGCCUUUGGACUGAUCUUGAGCCUAGUCUUCUUCAAGCUCCUCCGCCUGCUGCUUCGGAGGCAGAGGCUAGCCCGGGCCUUGGACAGCUUCCCAGGGCCUCCUACCCACUGGUUCUUUGGGCAUGCUCUCGAGAUCCAGAAGACGGGGAGCCUGGAUAAGGUGGUGUCCUGGACCCAGCAGUUCCCUUAUGCCCACCCACUCUGGUUUGGACCGUUUGUUGGUUUCCUGAAUAUCUAUGAGCCUGACUACGUCAAAGCUGUGUAUAGUCGUGGGGACCCUAAAGCCCCGGAUGUGUAUGAUUUCCUGCUCCAGUGGACUGGGAAAGGCCUGCUGGUUCUGGAUGGGCCUCAGUGGUUCCAACACCGCAAGCUACUCACCCCUGGCUUCCAUUAUGAUGUGCUGAAACCCUAUGUGGCUAUAUUUGCUGACUCCACACAUGCCAUGCUGGACAAAUGGGAGAAAAAGGCUCAAGGAGGUAAGAGCUUUGACAUCUUCAGUGAUGUGGGCUACAUGGCACUGAACUCGCUCAUGAAGUGCACAUUUGGAAAAGGAGAAGGUGGCUUGACUCACAGUGACAACAGCUACUAUCAGGCAGUCAGCGAGCUCACCCUGCUUGUGCAGCAGCGCAUCGAUUCCUGCCAGUACCACAAUGACUUCAUCUACCAGUUCACAUCGCAUGGCCGCCGCUUCCUGAAAGCCUGCCAGGUGGCCCACGACCACACCGACCAGGUCAUCAAAGAGCGGAGAGUGGCCCUGCAGAAUGAGAAAGAGUGGGAGAAAAUCCAGAACCGGAGACACCUGGACUUCCUGGACAUUCUUUUGGGUGUACGGGGUGGAAGUGAAAUCCAGCUGUCAGACACGGAACUCAGGGCUGAAGUGGAUACAUUCAUGUUUGAAGGUCACGACACUACAACCAGUGGCAUCUCCUGGUUUCUCUACUGCAUGGCUUUACACCCUGAGCACCAGCAGCGUUGCAGGGAGGAGGUCCGAGAGAUCCUAGGAGACAAGAAAUCCUUCCAGUGGGAUGACCUGGGGAAGAUGACCUACUUGACCAUGUGCAUCAAGGAGUGCUUCCGCCUCUACCCACCUGUGCCUCAGGUGUACCGACAGCUCAACAAGCCUGUCAACUUUGUGGAUGGGCGCUCUCUGCCUGAAGGCAGCCUGAUCUCUCUGCAUAUCUAUGCCCUCCAUAGGAACAACACCGUGUGGCCCAACUCUGAGGUCUUUGACCCUCUGCGUUUUUCCCCGGAGAACUCAUCUGGACGCCACCCUUUUGCCUUCAUUCCCUUCUCUGCUGGGCCCAGGAACUGCAUCGGGCAGCAGUUUGCCAUGAAUGAGAUGAAGGUGGUCUCAGCUCUGUGCUUGCUCCGCUUUGAGUUCUCUCCAGACCCUCUGCGGCAGCCCAUCCUGCUGCCCCAGCUGGUCAUGCGCUCCAAGAAUGGCAUCUACCUCCACUUGAAGCCACUGGACUCCCAAUCUGAGAAGUAGCUCUUGUUCAGAGCUGGGGGGUCUUGUUCAGGCUGUGGCUUCGGCUGAGCGCUGCUGUCCAGCACUGUACGUGCAGUUAAUUGGAUCUUUCUGCUUUUGGGAUCUUGUAGCUGUAGGAGAGGAAUCGGCACAUAGACAAUCACCAACAGGCCAGUGCCUUGGGAACAUUGUAUUAUGCUUGUUUGUAUAUUGUAGAAUUCAUGUGUUAACCAGCAAAUGUGUUCACCCAAUAAAUAUUCAGUGAGCACCUAUUUGCUCACCUCCU